AUCAAUCGCUCUCUAAGCCACCCUCGGACUCUUUAGACAUACUGUCUUUCCCUCAUUUUUUUGAACGACCCGAGUCGAACACUCUUUAUUCCGAGUUUGAAUAUUCCCCUUCAAUAUGAAACUCACCUCCUCCAUUUUGGUUACCGGCUUGGCUGCUGUGGCUGCGGCUAAACCACUUCUCCAUCCUCAUGUCUCCAACUCGCUCUCUUCUCGACAAGUUGCUCGAUCAACUGAAGAAUCCCAUCAAACUGGUGGAGAAGAAUUCGUCAUCAUCCUCGACAACGACCAGCCCACCCCGCCGGUGAUCCACGAUGUUCUUGCACGGUUGGCAUUGACUUCGGAUCAUAACGAUGUCAAAUACGUGUUCAACAAUACGGCCUUCCGGGGGUUCGUGGCGAAUAUGGAAGAUCACUGCCUGGACGCGCUUCUGAAUAUGACCGACGUAUCCAUUGUCGAGAAGGCCAUGUCCGUCUCAACCUUUGCCACGCAACGAGGUGGCGCACCAUGGGGACUGGAACGCAUCUCCAGUGCGGACACGGUGACCGGGAACCCCACCGGUCUCGAUUUCACGUAUUCGUUUGACAACACUGAGCUCGGAGCUGGCGUCGACAUCUACGUCAUCGACACUGGCGUCUACACCGAUCACAUCGCUUUCGGGGGUCGAGCACGCUCCGGCUUCUCAUUCGAGAACGAUACAUCUGACGGCGAUGGCCACGGCACCCACGUUGCGGGCACUGCCGCAGGAAAUGUGCUGGGUGUUGCAUCUGGCGCCAACAUUUGGGCCGUUAAGGUGCUUGGGGCUGAUGGAUCCGGAUCUACCUCCGAUACGCUCAAGGGCAUGGAUUGGGUGAUUCAGAAUCACAACAAACGCAAGGAGGAGGAAGGCUUUGUCGGUAGCAUCAUGAGCAUGUCUUGGGGUCUUGCCCGACACAACGACGGUAUCGACCGCGCCAUCCGCUCCGCCAGCGAAAUUGGCAUCCACAUGGCCGUUGCCGCCGGCAACGAAGCCGGCAACUCCUGCACCGCAUCCCCCGGAUCCUCUGGCGGUUCCCAAGGCCCCGCCAUCGUCGUCGGCAGCAUCGACAUUACCAACACGAUCUCCAAGUUCUCCAACACCGGCGCCUGCAACGACAUUUACGCCCCCGGCGAAGACAUCGUCUCCUCGUGGAUCGGCCAGAACAACUACGUCAACUCCCUCGACGGCACCAGCAUGGCCUGCCCCCACGUCACCGGCCUGAUGGCCUAUCUGAUGGACGCCAAGCCCGAGCUGCGCACCGACCCCCUCGCCAUGAAGGAGUACCUGAAGCAGACCUCGCUGAGGGACGUCGUCCAGGGCACCGCGCUCGACGGCGACGACAAGCUGCUCGCGAACAACGGCGUCACCGCCCAGGCGAAGCGCGACGUGCCGUCGAACGUGCAGCUCGUCAAGAAGCGAUCGGUGGAGGAUACGGUGGUGAGCCAGGUGGAGUCGAAGACGGAGCUUGAAGGACGCGCGGGGACGAUCACGCUUGAGUUGGCGCAGUCUAACAAGAGGUUGCGGCUGUGAGGCGCGAACACGAUCCCCUCCUCUUCGUUUCCACACGCUCAGCUAGAUGCCACCACAUUCCCUCGGCUUGUAUCAUGAUCUGGCAUGAGUACAUGUGGUAAAUAGACGAUUUGACCCCGUCGAGUUAUCCCCACCUUGGUCACACGGGUAUAUGGUACGCUCGUGUGCACCUCCAUCUAAUAAUGUCUGAUUUUCCGUAACUGGGGGCGAUACUGGUCGCCGUGGGUUGCGUAUGUGUGUUACAAUACUACCACGGAUACUCAAUGGGACUCGAAUAUCAAAGACUUCAUGUU